CAAAGAGUCCAUCUUUUCCUUAACAACCCCUGGAGUUUCCUUCUAGCCGCUUCUGGUUAACAAAGAGUCAAAGAACUGUCCGUUUAGAUCAUCUGUGAUUUUUUUCUGUGUCUCUUUUACCCAGAUAAGCUGCAAACCUGCUGGAAGCAAUGAAGAGGCCUUGGGGAGAGAGGCAAGAGGCCUUCACAGAGCCAGCCACCUACAUCCUGCUCCAGAACCUCCUUUCCCAGAAGGCAGGCCGCAGGCACCCCGGCUGCAGUGGGGACGCGGAUGUCCGCAGCACUGUCUUCUCCACUCCACCUGAGCUCCGGGCCCGCGCACAUUCACAAAGUUCUGGACCCCUGGGCGGCCUCGGGUAGCCGGGCGCGCUCGCCGGGGGCCGGCAGGUCUCGCUCCGAAGAGCCAGCUCUGCCCUGGGGCUGGCGCCGAGCGGCUCACGCCGCUCAGGCCGAGUCCCGCCGGGUGGCCCAGAGCCUCCGUUGUCCCGGCCACUCUCCCGAGAGGAGGGGACAUGAAGGAGAGGACGGCGGGGCGGGGCCUGCCACCCAAAGUCCCCAGCCCAGGGACGUCACGGUCCCAGGUGCGUGUGCGACGAGGGGCGGGAGUCCACCGCGCGCCUUCCUCCUCCGAGGAAUCCCCACCUCAGCGCCCACGACUCCGGCGGGCUCCCGGUUCCAUUUUUUCACGGCGGCCGCACCUGGCACCGCGCCCCGGGGCAGGGCGGCGCGGCGGUCGUGGAGAAAGACUGUCGGAGUGGGGGCUCCGGGGCGGAGCCGGGGUCGCGCCUGCGGGGACGCGGGGGAGCCCGCGGCGCCGAGCGAGACGAGCCGCCCCAGGCGAGGGCGCGGCGGCGGCGCAGACGCGAUGGCGCGGAGCGCGGAGGGCGCCGCGCUGCUUCUUCUGAUCUGCUUUAACUUUGGAAAUGGACUCCAUUUAGAGGCCUUAAACACAAGAAAUGAAAAUAAUCUGCUUCCUAAACACACUCACUUAAUGCGGCAAAAGCGUGCCUGGAUCACUGCCCCUGUGGCUCUUCGAGAGGGAGAGGAUCUAUCCAAAAGGAAUCCAAUUGCCAAGAUACAUUCUGAUAUUGCAGAAGAAAGAGGGCUAAAAAUCACAUACAAAUAUACCGGAAAAGGGAUCACAGAGCCACCUUUUGGUGUGUUUGUCUUUAAUAAAGACACUGGAGAAUUGAACAUUACCAGCAUUCUUGAUCGAGAAGAAACGCAAAGUUUUCUGCUCGUUGGUUAUGCUUUGGACGAAAAAGGAAACAACCUUGAGAAACCAUUAGAACUGCGCAUUAAAGUUCUUGAUGUCAAUGACAACGAACCAGUGUUCACGCAGGACGUCUUUGUUGGGUCUGUUGAAGAGUUGAGUGCAGCAGAUACACUUGUGAUGAAAAUCAGCGCAACAGAUGCAGAUGAGCCCAAUACCCUGAAUUCUAAAAUUUCCUAUAGAAUUGUAUCUCAAGAGCCUGCUUAUCCUCCAGUGUUCUACCUAAAUAAAGAUACAGGCGAGAUUUUUACGACCAGUUUUACCUUGGACAGAGAGGAACACAGCAGCUAUACUUUGACAGUAGAAGCAAGAGACGGCAAUGGACAAAUAACAGAUAAACCAGUAAAACAAGCUCAAGUUCAGAUUCGUAUUUUGGAUGUCAAUGACAAUAUACCUGUAGUCAAAAAUGCAAUGAAUGAAGGGGUGGAAGUUAAAGAAAAUGAAGCCAAUGUAGAAGUUACACGCAUAAAAGUGUCUGAUGCCGAUGAAAUAGGCUCUGAUAAUUGGUUAGCAAAUUUUACAUUCAUAUCAGGAAAUGAAAUGGGUUAUUUCCACAUAGAAACCGACACUCAAACUAAUGAAGGAAUCGUGACCCUUAUUAAGGAAUUAGAUUAUGAAGAAACGAAGAGUCUUGAUUUCAGCAUUAUUGUCACUAAUAAAGCAGCUUUUCACAAGUCAGUUAAGAAUCAGUAUAAGCCUACAUCCAUUCCCAUCAAAGUAAAGGUGAAAAAUGUGAAAGAAGGCAUUCAUUUUAAAAGUAACACAAUCUCCAUUCAUGUUAGUGAGAGCAUGGAUAAAUCAAGCCUAAGUCAAAUAAUUGGAAAAUUUCAAGCUUUUGACGAAGACACUGGACAAGUAGCCCACGUAAGAUAUGCCAGAUUGGAAGACAUGGACAACUGGAUCUCUAUGGAUUCUGUUACAUCUGAAAUUAAACUUGUAAAAAUUCCUGAUUUUGAAUCCAGAUAUGUCCAAAAUGGUACAUACACUGCAAAGAUUUUGGCAAUAUCAGAAAGUUAUCCAAGAAAAACUAUCACUGGCACCAUUGUUAUCACAGUGGGAGACAUCAAUGACAAUUGCCCCACUCUGGUUGACCCAGUGCAGAGUAUCUGUGAGGACGUGCAGUAUGUGAAUGUGACUGCAGAGGACCUGGAUGGGCACCGGAACAGUGAGCCUUUCAGUUUCUCCAUCAUCGACAACCCAGCUGGGAUGGCAGAAAAAUGGCAAAUAGUGCACCAAGAAAGUACCAGUGUGUUACUGCAACAAAAGGAGCAAAAGAUCGGGAGAAGUGAAAUUCAGUUCCUGAUUUCAGAUAGUCAGGGCUUCGUCUGCCCUGAAAAGCAGGUCCUUAAACUGACAGUUUGUAAGUGUCUGGACGGCAGCAAUUGUGUGGAAGCUCUGCGUGACUCCUAUGUGGGCCUGGGACCCACAGCAAUCGCACUGAUAAUUUUUGCCCUUCUGCUGUUGCUACUUGUACCGCUUUUACUGCUGAUGUGCCAUUGUGGAGAGGGUGCCAAAGGCUUCACCCCCAUUCCGGGCACUAUAGAGAUGCUGCAUCCUUGGAAUAACGAAGGGGCGCCACCUGAAGACAAGGUGGUGCCACUGCUUCUGACAGCAGAUCAUGGAGAGAGCGUAGCAGCAGGCAGUGGAGUGGGAGGAGGUAUGACAACCAAAGAAACCAUCGUGAAAGGAAGCAGCUCUGCUUCCUUCGUCAAAGGGCAACAUGAGAUGUGUGAGGUGGAUGGAAGGUGGGAAGAACACAGAAACUUCAUUUCUGCUGCAGUUGCCCAAGUGACAGGGACAACAGGAGCCAACAUGGGUGCUGAGACUUUAAGGAGCACAAGAGUCAUGGGGUCUUCCAGAGACAUGGCCGGAGCUCGAACAGCUGCUGUUGCAGUGAGCGAGGAAUUCUUAGGAAGUUAUUUCGCUGAGAAAGCUGCUUCUUAUACUGAGGAAGAUGACAUUCACAUAGCCAAAGAUUGCCUUCUGGUUUAUUCUCAGGAAGACACUGCAUCUCUACACGGCUCCAUCGGCUGUUGCAGUUUUAUUGAAGGAGAGCUCGAUGAUCACUUUCUAGAUGAUUUAGGGCUUAAAUUCAGGACACUAGCCGAAGUUUGCUUGGGUCAAAAGAUAGACAUGGAUGUGAAAGUUGAGCAGAGGCAAAAACCUGUGGGAGAAUCAAGUAUGAAGGCAGCUUCACAUUCAUUCGAUGAGAAAACUAGGAUUCACACAGAGAAUGCCUACUCCCCGGGCAGUAGCUUUCAAGUUCCCAAACCUUCGCAUGAAGCAAAUGCGGAGAAAGUAACUCAGGAAAUAGCCACUGAAAGAUCCGUAUCUUCUAGGCAGAGUGAGAAGGUAGCUACACUGCUCCCUGAUCCGUUGGCUUCUGGCAAUGUUGUAGUGACAGAAACUUCCUAUGCCACAGGCUCCACGAUGCCACCAAGCACCGUGAUCCUGGGUCCUGGACAGCCACAGGCCCUCAUCGUGACGGAGCGGGUGUAUGCUCCAGCCCCUCCCUUGGUAGACCAGCACUAUGCUAAUGACGGUAGUGUCGUGGUUACCGAGAGAAUAAUACAGCCUAACGGGGGCAUCCCUGGUCCCCUGGAAGGCACUCAGCCUCUGCCAGAUGCACAUUAUGUGAUGGUGAGGGAGAGAGAGAGCUUCCUCGCCCCCAGCCCAGGCAUGCAGCCCACUCUGCCCAUGCCUGGUGUGGCAGCAGGACAGAACGUGACAGUGACAGAAAGAGUACGAACAGCUGUCCCCACGCUGCAAUCCAGUUACCAGAUUCCCGCUGAAACCUCUGUGAUGGCCAGAAAGACAGAGGUUUCUGGAGCCAGAGGCCCUGGCUCUCUGCCAAAUUUCAGUUUAGAGGAGUCUGGUCAUUCUAAUUCUGCUGUAACCAGAGUCUCCAAGCACAGCGUCGUGCAGCAUUCCUACUCCUCAACCCCUGUCGACCGCAGUCUGACCCAGAGUUUAGCUAGCAGUGACUGACUUCAUGUUUCCAACGGACCUCUCUUUUGAUGAGCCUCCGGUCGUAAGACACGUACACACGGGGCUUGACACUUUUCUCAGUCACUAACACACAGCCGACCUCGCUGUCCCAGCCUCCAAGUGUGUCCUUCACAAAUGCUCCAGGGCUCACUGGGGACAUAACGAUGAGACUGUGUCUUAAGUGCCUUUUAAUGAGUUAUGUCCAGACAGUUAUGGCCAGAAAGCAGGUUAAAGAGAGAGUAAAUCUGGCUUUAAGAGUUUGCCACAUUGACACAGAGUGUCCACUGCAUGAGCUCUCCAGUAGAGCCAUCCCUGAAACUGACUGGGAGUCUUUGCAUUCACGGUCCACACUGCCGUUCUCUAUUCCAUGCUUUACUGCACCUGGCAGGUUAUCCACACGUUUAUCCAAAAAUAUGAGCACAGCCUGGACAACUGGUUUUGCUUGUUUUCUUUCUAGACUAGGAGCCGGGCCUUUUAAUCUGUUAGGCUGACUGAAUUAUGGAACGUUGGCAUGAUAAAGAACACACGUAGAUUUCUGUGCAUAUGUGUAGUAGGACUUUAGAAAUAGCAUUAUCGCUUCCCUUUGCCUCCCCCAAAUCAUGAAAAUAAUGAAUACUUCAAAUUCAGUUGAAUGAUCCAGGGCAAAAUUCAUAAAUAUAAAAUCGCUCUACUUUUUAUAGUAAUAAUACACUAUUUUUUUAAAACUCAGGAUACAUUAUCUUCUAAUCUUGUACAGCUAAAUUAACCACGAGACUGGAUUCUCCACUGUGAUAAGAACCUGCCCGUUUGAUUGCUAUAUAUCCUUAGUACAUAACAUGAGUGCCAAAUAAAUAUUUGUGGAAUUAAACCAAAUUUUAGAAACCAUUCUCUUUUAUAUACAAUUAUAAGAAAAAUACUGGAAAACCCUAUGGUAUCAGUAAUUAUGAGUUUGAAAUUAUGAUUUUAUUCUAUGUCUCAAGGUCACUGACUGGCCAGUCAUGACUUACUUCAUGAAUAUUAAAUAUUCAGUUGAACUAUUGAACAAAGCCUGAAUUUGUACGUUAUCCUCGCCUUUCAUUGUGAAAAGUUAUUUGGGUAUUUUGGCCUUUAAGUAGGUUAUGUUUUCAUUGCUCCUUGAAGAAAUAGAGCAUUUAAGGUUUCAGAGUAUAUAUAUAUAGCCAUAUAUAGUCAGAAAUAUUUUUGACUUGAAUUAUGUUAUACAAAAGAUUGAUAUGUUUUGCUCCUACUGACUGACUGUGUAUGGGUAAAAGACAAAUAUUUUUAAAUAUCGUAAGUCUGUGGCCAAGAUGAAGGUCAAUCUUCCAUGAUCUAAAUUUUUUACUCUCUACUUAGUAUUUGCAGCUUUUUUUUUUCAUUGCAGACUUAGUAGUUAUAUUUUGCCACGUAUGCAACAGGAAUAUCAUUACUGCGUGAAAUGUAAAUAUGACCUAUGUACCCCAAACAAACCAAAGAUGGUCUUAACCAUCCUCCCCGGACAGACUUGGAAAACCUAACCUGUCUCCUGUAUGCAGCAUAAUCACAUUUUCUAAACGGUUUUUUGUACCUGAAACGGUGAUUUGUAUUAGGUCUUACCUUUGUUCCUUGGGAGAUUAUAUUUGUAUGUGUAUCAUCAUAAAAUAUUUAAAUAAAAAGAUGACCUUUGAGCAA